AAGGGUGAAUGGAGAGCGAGUUGUGGGGGGUAGAAAGGGAGGACAGGGGGCGCGGAGUCAGAGUGGCGCAGCAAGUGGCUGCAGGUGGCGACGGGGGCGGGGGGUGAAAAGUGAGGGAGUGCCAGGGUCACGGAGGAGGAGGCUGAGAGGGUCGAAAGAAAAACUAAAGCUGCAGUCUGGCCUACUGGUCCGGGGGCCGCGGAGCCCCCACCUGGGGAGAUGGACCUCAACCGGAUCAUCCAAGCGCUGAAGGGCACGAUCGACCCGAAGCUGCGGAUUGCAGCCGAGAAUGAGCUCAACCAGUCCUACAAGAUUAUCAAUUUUGCCCCCAGUUUACUUCGGAUUAUAGUCUCUGACCAUGUGGAAUUCCCAGUACGCCAGGCAGCUGCCAUUUACUUGAAGAACAUGGUGACACAGUAUUGGCCAGACCGAGAACCUCCACCUGGAGAAGCAAUAUUUCCAUUCAACAUUCAUGAAAAUGAUCGCCAGCAAAUCCGUGAUAACAUUGUGGAAGGAAUAAUUCGGUCUCCAGAUUUAGUGAGAGUCCAGUUAACAAUGUGUCUCCGUGCCAUCAUUAAAUACGAUUUCCCUGGUCACUGGCCCGCAGUUGUCGACAAGAUAGGCUAUUACUUGCAAUUACAGAGCAGUGGAAGCUGGCUUGGCAGUUUAUUAUGUCUGUAUCAACUGGUGAAGACGUAUGAAUAUAAGAAAGCAGAAGAAAGAGAACCUCUUAUAGCAGCAAUGCAAAUAUUCCUCCCUCGUAUUCAACAGCAAAUCAUGCAGCUCCUUCCUGAGUCCUCGCAUUAUUCUGUCUUACUACAGAAACAGAUUCUGAAAAUCUUUUAUGCACUUGUUCAGUAUGCGUUACCUCUUCAACUGGUGAAUAACCAAACCAUGACAGCAUGGAUGGAGAUCUUUCGAACUAUUAUUGAUAGGACAGUUCCUCCUGAGACCCUGCAAAUUGACGAGGAUGAUAGACCAGAGCUGGUCUGGUGGAAGUGUAAGAAGUGGGCACUGCAUAUUGUAGCUCGUCUUUUUGAACGAUAUGGAAGCCCAGGAAAUGUCACAAAAGAAUACUUUGAAUUUUCUGAAUUCUUUUUGAAGACCUAUGCAGUGGGAAUUCAGCAGGUACUACUAAAAAUUUUAGACCAGUAUAGACAGAAAGAGUAUGUAGCCCCCCGGGUUCUUCAGCAAGCAUUCAACUAUCUCAACCAAGGAAUUGUUCAUUCUGUAACAUGGAAGCAGAUGAAGCCACACAUACAGAAUAUCUCUGAAGAUGUGAUUUUUUCUGUGAUGUGUUAUAAAGAUGAGGAUGAAGAGCUGUGGCAAGAAGAUCCAUAUGAGUAUAUAAGGAUGAAAUUUGAUAUUUUUGAAGAUUAUGCUUCUCCCACCACAGCAGCCCAGACUCUCUUAUAUACUGCUGCAAAGAAAAGAAAAGAGGUAUUGCCAAAAAUGAUGGCAUUCUGUUAUCAAAUCCUAACAGACCCGAACUUUGACCCUAGGAAGAAAGAUGGAGCCCUGCAUGUGAUUGGUUCCCUAGCUGAUAUUUUAUUGAAGAAGAGUUUAUUCAAGGACCAAAUGGAGUUGUUAUUGCAGAAUCAUGUGUUUCCAUUAUUAUUGUCUAACCUGGGAUAUCUUCGAGCUAGAUCCUGUUGGGUACUUCAUGUAUUCAGUUCUUUGAAGUUCCAUAAUGAGCUCAAUCUAAGAAAUGCUGUUGAACUAGCAAAGAAGAGCCUGAUUGAAGAUAAGGAGAUGCCUGUCAAAGUUGAAGCUGCCCUUGCACUUCAGUCAUUAAUUUCUAACCAGACACAAGCUAAAGAAUAUAUGAAGCCACAUGUGAGAUCUAUUAUGCAGGAGCUGUUACACAUUGUUAGAGAGACAGAAAAUGAUGACGUAACUAAUGUUAUCCAGAAGAUGAUAUGUGAAUACAGUCAGGAAGUAGCCUCAAUUGCUGUUGAUAUGACCCAACACUUGGCUGAGAUAUUCGGCAAAGUUCUUCAAAGUGAUGAAUAUGAAGAAGUCGAAGACAAAACAGUAAUGGCUAUGGGAAUUUUACAUACCAUUGAUACUAUCUUGACAGUUGUAGAAGAUCAUAAAGAGGUUACCCAGCAGUUAGAGAAUAUCUGUCUACGGAUCAUUGAUCUUGUUUUACAGAAACAUGUAAUUGAAUUCUAUGAAGAAAUUCUUUCACUGGCAUAUAGUUUAACCUGCCAUGGUAUUUCCCCUCAAAUGUGGCAGCUUCUAGGUAUAUUAUAUAAGGUGUUUCAGCAGGAUUGUUUUGAGUAUUUUACAGAUAUGAUGCCUCUCCUGCAUAAUUAUGUGACAAUAGAUACGAACACUUUACUAUCAAAUCCAAAGCAUUUAGAAAUACUUUUUACAAUGUGUAGAAAGGUAAGCGUGUCUUAUUCAGUAAAUUGUUCUAAGUCACAUAGCUACUCUGUGUUGGAGUCAGAUUUGAACCCAGGUGGUGUAGAAAGGCAUCAUGACCGGAAGAUGUGUAUAAUAGGACUGAGUAUCCUCUUGGAAUUGCAAAAUCGACCUCCUGCAGUAGAUGCUGUGGUGGGACAGAUCGUGCCCUCAAUUCUUUUCCUUUUCCUUGGCCUAAAGCAGGUCUGUGCUACUAGACAACUGGUAAACCGGGAAGAUCACUCAAAAGCAGAGAAAACUGAUAUGGAAGAAAAUGAGGAGAUUUCAAGUGAUGAAGAGGAGGUGAAUGUAACUGCACAGGCAAUGCAGUCUAAUAAUGGUAGAGGCGAAGAUGAGGAGGAAGAUGAUGAUGACUGGGAUGAAGAAGUAUUGGAAGAAACUGCCCUCGAGGGAUUCAGCACUCCACUUGACCUUGACAAUAGUGUGGAUGAAUACCAGUUUUUUACGCAAGCACUGCUAACUGUGCAGAAUCGGGAUGCUGCCUGGUACCAGCUGCUGAUGGCACCACUCAGUGAGGACCAGAGGAGGGCGCUGCAGGAGGUGUACACGCUGGCUGAGCACCGGAGGACGGUGGCAGGUCAGCUGUGGGAUUGGUCUCCAAAGUCUGUCUUAUUUAAUAAGCCUGGUGGCACCUACUUUCUGUUUCUUGAAUUGUUACAGGCCAACAUUUCAGGAUCGUAAGAAACUAUCAAUGCUGUGUGAUCUUUUUAAUCACUCUCAAACACUGUGCAUUAAUAUGUUUCUCUUAGUGGUGGUGUUAUUCAUUUCCUUAUCC